UUAAGAUUUAGCAUUUCAUCGUCGAUUAUUGAAACUUAUUUCAACCGUGAACAAAAGGCAACAAUCGACGGUCUAGAGCCCUUCUUCUACUAAACAAUCGUGUUAGGCAAACAAUUAACAUGGAAAGCACGGUCGCGCAAUACAAACAGCUUAAAACGGAGUGGACCAAGACUCCGAUCAAUCUUAAGCUCUGUGGUACAAUUUUGGACAAGCUGAAGGUUGCCCUCGUGGAAAUGUCGUACAUUCCUACCGGGAAUGCUAGCACGAACCAGCAGGAGUUGCUCAUAGCUAGGGACAUUUUGGAAAUCGGAGUGGAGUACAGCAUCGCUACCAAAAAUAUUCCGGCAUUCGAGCGUUACAUCUUGCAGUUGAAGUGGUUUUACUAUGAUUACAAUACCCUUAUUGGCGAAUCGAAGAACAAGUAUCAGCUGCUGGGUUUAAAUUUGCUCUUUCUUUUGUCACAAAACCGUGUUGCCGAGUUUCAUACCGAACUAGAGCUUUUGCCCGCUGACAUAAUCCAAACGAAUCCCUUUAUCCGACAUCCACUGGCGUUGGAGCAAUACGUGAUGGAAGGACGUUACAACAAGAUUUUCCAAGCGAAGGGCAACGUACCGGCAGAAAGCUAUAACUUCUUCAUCGACAUCUUACUGCAGACGGUCCGCAACGAGAUCGGAGUGUGUUUGGAAAGCUCAUACGAACGAAUCUCACUGCAGGAGGCAGCGAAACGGUUAAACCUGAAGACAAAGGAAGAGGUGAAGCAGUUUGGCGAAAAGAAAGGCUGGAAGCUUAGCCCGGACGGUUUCUAUCAUUUUGUCAAUGAGUUGGCCAAACCGAAGGAACCGAUACCAUCGCAAGAGUUGGCCGAGCAGGCCAUAAUGUACGCACGGGAGCUGGAAAUGAUCGUUUAAGUGCGGGACAGUAUUGCGCAAGUGCUACAUUUGAAUAAAAAAUCACUUUAUUAUUAUUUCGAUCGCUGAUUUCUAGAUUCGAUUGGUCACAAUAAAUCAACAUGCGUUUA